CAAUAAUGUAACCUCGAUAAAUGACAACAGCAGCACGGCGAUCGACUACAACCCAAUCGAUGAUAUUCCCGUGCUGCAUGAUGCUGAUGAAAUUAGAAUUUAAGCAUGUUCAACCGCAACAACUUGCAAAACAUGUGGUAGGGAACUGCAUCUCUUGCGUCUGCCGAGCACCACACAUGCGAUCUCCAACCACCCCGCGCCAACUCACAGAUUGCCUGCACAGACCACAGCACAACCCGCCAACAACAACCGAGGUAACCCGGGAUAAGGUUCCAGCUAUGGUUAGCUGUAGGAAAUGCCUCGCUACAAUUAGUUGUAAGCAUUAG